AGCAGUCACAGUCACGGCUCUCCCGCAGUGCUUUCGCAGUUGGAUGCCAUGGCGUUUCUCACCCGCCACUUCUUUCGAGCCAUGUCCUCCUCCAGCAGCCUGGCCAUCAAGCAUAUUACGGUGAUCGGCGGUGGGCUAAUGGGCACUGGCAUCGCCCAGGUAGCUGCUGCAACAGGGCAUUCAGUGAUUUUGGUGGAUCAGACUGAAGAUAUCUUGAAGAAUUCAUUGAAGAGAAUUGGAGCCAGUGUUGAGCGUAUAAGGAAGAAGAAGUUUGUAGAUAAACCUGAGGCAGGUGCAGAAUUUGUUCAGCAGACUCUUCAGAAAAUUAGUACAAGUACAGAUCCUGCUUCUGCAGUGCAAAACACAGACCUGGUUGUGGAAGCAAUUGUGGAAAAUGUUAAUGUUAAGCAAGAACUUUUCAAAAAAUUGGAUCAGUGUGCUUUGAAGAAUACUAUUUUUGCCAGCAAUACUUCAUCACUGUCAAUCACAGAAAUAGCAAGUGCUACAACUAGACAAGACCGAUUUGGUGGGCUCCAUUUUUUCAACCCUGUACCCAUGAUGAAGCUAGUGGAGGUGGUUCAAUCUCCAGAAACCAGCCAGCAGACAUUUGAAGCAUUAAUGAAUUUCACCAAAGCAUUGGGGAAAACUCCUGUAGUUUGUAAGGAUACCCCAGGAUUUAUUGUGAAUCGCCUUCUUAUACCAUACUUGAUGGAAGCUGUCCGGCUGCAUGAAAGAGGUGAUGGAUCAAAGGAAGACAUUGAUGUGGCAAUGAAACUGGGUGCUGGAUAUCCUAUGGGUCCCUUUGAAUUAUUGGAUUAUGUUGGACUUGACACCAGCAAGUUUAUCAUUGAAGGAUGGCAGAAGUUGGAUCCAAACAACCCCCUGUAUGCUUCCAGUGCUCUAUUAAAUAAAUUAGUAGAGGAAGGAAAGUUGGGUAAGAAGACUGGUGAAGGUUUCUACAAGUAUUCUUAGAAGACAUGAGAAUUGUUAAUGCAGUUUUUGUCAGCUGAAUCAUGCAAGCUGCCAGGUUGUUAGCUCAGUGCAUAGUGUUUAUGGUAAUUACUUGAAAGUCACAUUUUAUAAAUAAUACAAUGGAAUAUUUUCAAAAUAUUAAAGUGACUGAAAACUGAAUGAUCUUGCCCUAGCCAGAUACCAUGAUUAAAUUAUAUAAUCUUUAAAAUUAUUGUAUUCAUUACUCCUAAGAUCUGCCUUAAAAUUAAUAUGCAUUCUAAGAGAACUUUGUUUAUUUAGUGUUGCAUUUGGAACGACCUUGGGCUUUGAAUUUGUAAGAUCUUUAUUUUUAACAUAUCAAUAAAGUGUAACUUGACUUGCAAAAU